AGCGUUGUAUUCCAACAAUCAUUUAAGUUUGGACAUUGAAUUCGGUGUUAAUUAAUCAUGUCAAUUAGAAAAAUUGUGCUUGCUUACCUAGUAGCAGCAUCAUUUGCUGGUUGUUUCAGUGACACGCUAAAGCGGUCCUUAACAUUAGACAACAACGGCAAAUAUUCGGCCGAAUGGGAAGUGAAUUUCGACACAGAAAUGAUUGUGUUUAGUGUAGAUGUAGAGACAACUGGCUAUGUUGGGCUCGGUAUAUCAAUGAAUCCAAGUAUGGCAGGAGCAGAUAUUGUCAUUGGAGGUGUUCGGAACGGUGAACCGUACUUUGAUGAUUAUUAUGCACCAGCCAACGGGCUUCCUCAGCGUGAUGAUUCACAAGAUUGGGAAUUAUUAAGUGCAAGCGAAUCGAAUAAUCGUACUCAAUUGAAAUUUUCACGGAAGUUAAACACUUGCGAUGAUGUUGGAGAUGUAGCCAUAACUGAAGAUACACAAUAUUUAAUUUGGGCUAUUGGCGACUCUGACGACGUCAGUUACCAUGGUGCAGAUCCCAAUAAAAGAGGACCGAGAAUAAAUAAUCUACUGGAUGCUCCUGCACCAGCGGCUGAUUUGACUCAGUACGACAUUUUCCACAUCAGAAGGAAUCAUGAGAUGCUACCACAGGACACUUCGUACUGGUGCACAGUUCACAGAGCGCCGGACUUUAAUGGAACUAAACACCAUUUAGUUGCGUUCAAUACUACGCUGACAUCCGAAUUGGCAAUCAGGCAUACACAUCACUUAGUUCUUUACGCUUGCACUCCACCGGAAGGACAGUGGACCGAUUACUUCGAAGAACUUGUGAAUCAUCCCGGUGGAGAGUGUUUUUCGGAAAAUGCCGACAUUCCUGGCAUGUCAACACCAUACUGUGAUUCUCUUCUCUACAUAUGGGCAGUCGGCGGUGAAAUGCUUGUAUUGCCUGAAAUAACCGGAUAUCCGAUUGGUGAACACGGUCGUCAAUACUUCAUGAUCGAGGUUCACAUUGACAAUCCUGGACUUGAGACUGGCACUUUCGAAACAGGAAUUGAUCUGUUUUACACAAGCAAAUUAAGGGAUAUUGAUGCGUCUGUGUUCGGUAUUGCACACACUGUAAAUCAUUUGCAAAUCGUUCCACCGCGAACGGAUAACUUUAUAAACGUGGGACACUGUUCAUCGGAAUGCACUCAAGCGCUGAUUCCGGAGGAAGGAAUCAAUCUCAUCAACGUUAUGUUCCAUGCUCACAAGGCGGGAAAGAGAAUGAAAACCAGAAUCAUUCGCAAUGGCGUUGAGCUACCUUGGCUGGCUGUUGAUAAUCAUUACAAUUUCGAUUAUCAGGCUAACAGGCCGUUCCAAGAGUAUCGGAAAGUAUUACCGGGAGACCAUAUUAUUACCGAAUGUACUUAUGACACGACGUCUCGACCAAAUGUUACAAUUGGCGGACAUCCAUCAUCGUAUGAAAUGUGUCAGAGUUUCUUCUGGCAUUAUCCGAAAUCGGUCAUCUUUUGCGAUUCAACGGCAAAUCCAGAUUUAAAAGAACUGUUCGGAAUCGAGGACUACGAAGCGUCAGAAUUCAACGAUGAACCAAUUCUGACGAAGCCAGAUUCGAUUGCUGGCAAACGAUAUUCGGAUUACUUGAACACUUAUGAUUGGACGGAUGAUUUGAAGGAUCGACUUCAACACCAAUUAAGAUAUGGUACACAUGAGACUAGGUGCCUGGGGUCUGUUAGAUCGGUGCAAUAUCCGGAAAUAAGGCAAGAGCAUGUUGAAGAAAAUGUUUGUGCGGGCGGCGACAACAUUACCACGAAAUCGUUUAAGAUUACUUUACUGUUUGCGUUUGUCACACUUUCUGUUACACAGUUGAAUUAUUCGUAAUUUUUGAACGUUUUCACUCGAAUUAGAAUAAAAUAAUUUAUUUCCGAA